AUGCAGACGCCUUCAUCUUCACUGCACGUGAUUUCCAGCCGUUUCUUUCGUCUCGAGUGCAAUCACGAGUACCUCUUCCAGUCCGAGUAUAAGCGGAGCAAUCGAACCAAAGGGUUGAAAAUUCUUCGAUGUUUCCCUCACUGUUGUCCCGAACAUAUUGACCGGAGUUAUUGUGGAUCUUCCUUGAGUAUCGAGAUUCAACUAGCCGAAUGUCCAAGUCAAAGUGUCCCAUCAAAGCCCGCAUUCCGUGAAAUCUUAUCAGUUUUUGCCCGCUUUGAAGCUGUGAGUGAUGGAAGUCUCUGUCCGGGAGAAUGUGUUGACGUAAACAUCAUGGAGCAAGAGGUACAAACUGAGACCCAUUUAGACGGUCAAUGGAUUGCUGGUGUUUUGGUUCGACCAAUGGAUGUAAUGGCUACAAAUCAUGAACCUGUCAAAACUGAUAAUGAUGAUAAUGAUGCUGCUGCGUCACUGGAAGAGCCAAAUUCUUUAGUGUACAAUUUAAAUGGCAAAGCAUUUUCCAAAUGGUAUUACGAUUGGGAAAGUGGUGCGAACAAGGCACAACGACUGAUGAAACAUGUCUUGAAGGCAUAUAUUGUUGAACGAAUUGCAGUGGAGAGAGACAAUCAAGUUCCAACCAUUUCAAAUCAAGAGACUUUGAUGCAAGUAUAUCGAGUAGUGCAUGUGGUCUCGUCACCUGAAUUUACAGUCAUUUCAUAUCGUCGAGCACCAAUGGAUCAAUUGCAACUUGCUCAUGCACAUGCUGCUGUACAAUUGGGCAAGACACAGAUUCCACUACAAGUGAUGAGUAGUUCACAGGAAGGUGUGUCACCUAAUGGACUACGGACUUUUACCAAUGAGAUACAUCAUUGGGGUGUCUACAAGUCAGUACAUAAUACAAACGUUGCUCGGGAGGAUGACGUGGCUGCAUGGAGUAGUAAACUGAACUCGUCUCUACAAAGUGAAUUUUAUGAAGCAGAAGCAAAGCGUCGACGGCGAAUGUACUCGAAUCACCAGGAAUUGAUGCAUCCUCUUGAAGAUAAACUAUGUUGGGAGCAUUUGAAUGCACCUGCCGUCGCCGUGUCCAAGAGUAUGGCGCUACUUCUUGCGUUUGUCCGCUGGGCGCCGCUAAGACUGUACGUGCCGGUAGCUGCAGAGCUCGUGCACUUGCUUGAUCAGAGAAUUUUUGAGCUGGUGCCAGCGAGUGCACAGAAACCUACUAAGCCGAACUGCUUUUCCAGGCUAUUACUUCAAUAUGCUCAGAUAGAGGAAAGCAUACGAGCUACUGGGGAAGGCACGACUCUCAGAACGUUGCUUCGAGUAGCUUCGCAGACUGUGUUAUGGUUAUAUUCUCAAGAGACUUGCCAUUGGAUACGUCACUUUUUCCGACAGAAUGCUACGUCUGUGCUGGAUAAGAUGGCCAUGCGUUCAUGCUUCCUUCACUUUUUGCAUGAGUUAGAGGAACGUUUGAGUGCAGAAGUGAUUGCAGCUACUGCGCUUCGUAGGUUAUCCAAUGUGGCUGAGGAGGUGAUUGCAGCGGUGUAUUCGUGCGAAUUGUUUUACGAUCGACGACCACUUGUACGACAGAUUUUAAGUGGCCAAAGCUUCGCUGGAUGGAAUAUGUUCGUCGCGCAGAUGCGUGAUACAUACAUUGGUGCUACGAGCUUACCAGUAUCGUUGCCACCGCUUUGUCGGAAUGUCACUUUCUCAGCAGCUUUUCCUCCUCGUAAUGUUGUCGAACGUAGGUGGAAUGGUGAGUGGUGUUUGGAUAUGGAUGAUGUGCAAUGGGAUGUCAAUGAAAUAAGGUCUUUUGGGAAUGGAGGCAAAAGCAGUGCUGAUCCCAGGGUACCAGAUGUAUCACUAUUUUCUUUGGUCAAGCUCAUCUCGCAAAUUGUCCGGUUCGAAGUAGCUAUUGAUAUUCGAGAAAGUUCAUUACGCGUUCGUGCAUCGCAAGGCUUGGCAGGGUGCGUUGAUUGCAUGCACCUGGUGCUGGACGGCAAGGAUCGCGUGUAUCGUACCUGUCCAAAUGGUAUUACUUCGUGCGGUGGUGAUGGCACUUGCGGGGACUAUGUUGGUGAAAUGUGUUUCGAGGACACGGGCCAACUAGCUAUCUUUCUUGAGAUCUAUAACUGGUCACUGGAACAGGGCACUCGUUCAUAUCAUGUGCGGGCAAAGAUUGAGUGCCACAACAGUGGCCGGUUGGCUGUCGACGGCGACAUUUUGGAGACUACAGGGUCGAGUACGUUCCCAUCGGAUAAACUGUCAUACGUUGGAGAAAUGUCUUUGCGUGCUAAGCUCGAGACUAUCAAAAUGGCCAGCGCAAGACGGUACGAUGGUGCCGGUGCAUCGAGAGAUACACCUGCUGCUUCUUGGGCAGAGUAUGGCAAAUUUCAUUUAGGCUAUCGAAAGAUGUGUGAAAGGUGA